AGUGAAAAAUCUCUCACGUGUGCAAAGUAAAAAUCGCCCCGAGAUAUAAACAAACAGACGAUAUGGUGAAAAUGUCAAAUGUGUGGAUACUGACACUGGACUGUGAAGUAAAUAACUGGGAUAAAACGAUUUUGUUAAGAUAUCUCGCUAAGAAAUAUUCAUCCAUUAGUGACGUAAACGUUAACAUUUACAACUGAAAUGUACAGUAAUUCCUUCAUAAUAGAUCAGUUUUACGACACGUUUUUGUUUCAUAAAUGUCAAUAUGACAUACAGAGAAUCAGUAAUUUGUAACUGAUUUUAAAAUAUUUGGAAGUUUUGCAAUAAUGUUGCUGACAAAUUUAAUAAAAAAAUUAACAACACAACACCGGGCAUUUUAUUGUUACAUGCUAUUGAGCGUAUGGCUUUUUCUUUUAUUGAUAGUGAUGUACAAAUAUAUGGAAACAAAAGAUGUAACGUUGACAGUAUUAAAGAAUAGUAAAAGUGAUCAGACGACCAGAAGCUUUCCGAACAGUGUUCAUGUUGACAUUAAGACACAGAGGGUUCUUCGGAUGUGUAAUCUUCCUCAGGACAUCAGAACAAUCAGUGAAGGUCAAGUGAAAGAUUCAUUUCAACUGGAAGGGCUGUUGAUACUGUUGCGUCAUGGAGACCGAGGACCGUUGACACACGUGAGAGAUAUUUCCACCAUCAACUGUGCUGCCAAUAUUCACCCUCAGUUCAAUGCGUAUGAAGCGUACAUGGACAACCUGACAGGAACUCCUCAGCUGGCUCAGUUGCUAGGACCCUUCCACGGCUUCCCUCUGCUACCGCACCGUUCCUGUAGCUUAGGCCAGCUGACACACGUCGGGGUCUCCCAGCUGCUGGCCAUCGGGCAGGCUCUCCGGGCAGUGUAUGCCGAUAGGCUUCUCUUCAACACUUCUACUCCUGAGGACUUUGUGGUGUACAGCACCAAGUACCGGCGGACACUGCAAAGUGCUUUGGCCUUUUUAUAUGGUUUCCUGACACCAGAACUGUUACACAAUGUCGUCCUGAGGGAAAGUCCGAGUUUACAGUUCUGUUUUGAGGAUUGUGCGUGUCCGACUAGUGAUAUGUAUCUGAGAAAGUUUAAUAACGAAAAAUCCAAGCAUCUGAAUUUGCAUCCUGCAGUAUUGAAAUUAGUCAACUCCGCAUCGUUAAUAGUGUAUGACGUUUAUGAGAAGAACCUAGCGAGUGAUCCACAUUCAUUGAGGGAUGCACUGUUGACUUACGUUUGUCACGGAGCCCGGCUGCCUUGUUCCGCUGACAAGUCUUUGCCCACUCUGUGUGUACAUACGGACCAAGUGUCCGGGCUUCUGUCCUACAUAGAGUGGGAGGCUCGUCAGUACUCCAGGAGUCCCACUCUGAGGCGGGCUUGUGUCCUACGGGCAUACGGCAUGAUAAGGAACAUUGUCUCGUACCUUGUCAGAAUAAUUUCAGAAAAGAAACCUAAAAUGGUUUUAUACUCUGGACAUGACAAAACAAUACUCUACUUGGCUACAGCUUUAGGUAUCGCAGCGGAUUCUACAUAUUUAUCACACUAUGCUUCUAGAUUCAUUAUAGAGGUGUACAGAAGUGUGAACAAAGCUACAGCAGCACUUGACUCUAUCAGUAGUGACUACUACUUCAGGCUUCUCUUCAAUGGAAAAGAUAUGACCAAUAGAGUGCAGUUCUGCAAACACAUGCUUAAUAUUUCUGUCAUUAAUACUAAAGGCUUGUCUCAAUCUCUUUUUCUCUGUCCAAUCCACACUAUUAUACAAUUUUUACAUAAUGAUUACUUUGCACUCUUUAAUGCUUCCAAUUUUAAAGACGCCUGUAUUUUACAUUCAAAGUAGUUUCGUGAUUUUAACUUCUGUCUAUUGUACCUGAUUUAUUAUCUUGUUGUAUAUUUGAAUAGUUUUGUAUUAUUGUCCAUUAUCUGUAAAGAAACAUGUGAUAUAAAAUUUCUUUAUCUAAA